CAAUGCAGUUCCGUGGGUGCUAAAAUAAGAAAGAAAGCCAGAACUUAAUUUGGAGAGAGUCGAAGAUGACCGGAAUAUCUUCAGUUAUGACAACAAUGCCGCCGGAAUAUUCUGCUCCAUUUGCUGCCUCCUCAAAUUUCUUUCCCAUCCAUUAUUCUCCUUCCUCUGUUUUACCUUUUCCACUCAAUCUCGGACUCAGACCCCAUUCACUCUCUAAUGCAAGAUUGUCCAAACUAUUGCCAUUGAUGAUGUCUAGUUCAGCAACUAAGGAAGAGCAAAUUUUGAUGUCUGAUUUAACAACUGAGGAAGAAUACAGUUCGAUGUCCAAUUUACUUGAAGAAUUCACUAGCAUCUCCAACAUUGAUAAGACCUGGAUUUUUAAGUCCAAAAGCGGAUUAGAUUCCCAGGCAAUGUUUUUAAUCAGUCAACCAAGUCUUUUGACUAACAAAAGGAAGAAGUUUAUACUUUCCACUCAUAUUUCAAAAGAAAGUAACACUUAUGUAAACUUUCAAUGGGCUCCCUUUCCUAUUGAGAUGACAGGAGUAUGUAUAAUUGUUCCAUCGCCAUCAGGUUCACAGCUUCUUGUAGUCAGGGAAACCGAUAGCAAAUCUCCAACCCAAUUUGAAAUUUGGAGUCCAUCACAAAUGGAAAAGGAAUUCCAUAUACCCGAGUCUGUUCAUGGUUCGAUAUACACUGAUGGAUGGUUUGAGGGAAUCUCUUGGAACUCCGAGGAAACUUUGGUUGCUUAUGUUGCAAAGGAACCAUCUGCCCCCAAGCCUACAUUUUGUAGUGGGGGAAGUAAGAAUGUUGGUUCUAUGAAUAGGGUUUUGGGUGGAAGGAAAGGACAAGGAGAUUUUGAGGACGACUGGGGUGAAAGCUAUACCAGAAAAAGACAGCCUGCACUUUUUGUCAUCAACACAAACAGGUACUAA